AUCGCACCUCGUUUAGUUGCAGUCAGUAAAACCAGGUCAGCAUCAGAUGUUGUGAAGGUUUAUGAGUUGGGACAGAGACAUUUUGGAGAAAAUUAUGUUCAAGAGCUGCUUGAAAAAAGUCAAAACAAAGAAAUUUUAGAAUCUUGUAAAGAAAUCAGAUGGCACCUCAUUGGCCAUUUGCAGAAAAACAAAGUCAACAAGGUCGUGCAAAUACCUAACCUAUACAUGGUUGAGACUGUUGAUUCUGUCAAACUUGCAAAUGCUCUAAAUGCCUCAUGUGCAAAUAUCAACAGACCAUCCAAGUUGAAAGUUAUGGUGCAAGUAAAUACAAGCAAUGAAGAUAAUAAAAGUGGUUGCGGUGCAUCUCAAGCUAUCGAGUUGGUCUCACACAUCGUCAAUAAUUGUCCCAAGCUUGAGUUUGCUGGUUUGAUGACCAUAGGAUCAUUUGAUCACGACUUAACUCUGGGCCCUAAUCCUGAUUUCAUUUUGUUACUCAAAACAAGAAAAGAGUUAUGCGAAAAGUUGAAUUUAGAUGAGGCAGAUGUAGAAUUAAGCAUGGGGAUGUCUGCAGAUUUUGAGCAUGCAUUGGAACUUGGCAGCACGAGUGUUCGUGUUGGAACAUCCAUAUUUGGCUGCCGUAACUACAAUGAUCAAGAUACCAGCGGUGAAUCAGCGAAAUAA